AUGGCCACUACUAAUGAGCUCCCCGCUGUUGAUGUCAAUAGCUAUGACUACAUCGUCGUCGGUGGCGGUACAGCUGGCUGCGUGAUUGCUGCACGCCUGGCCGAGUACCUCCCAAACAAGCGUACUCUGGUCAUUGAAGCGGGUCCCAGUGAUUUCAUGGACGAUCGGGUUCUGAACCUGAAGGAAUGGCUUAACUUGCUCGGCGGCGAGCUGGACUAUGACUAUGGUACCACCGAGCAGCCUUUCGGCAACAGCAACAUCCGUCAUUCCCGUGCAAAGGUUCUGGGAGGUUGCUCCAGCCACAACACUCUGAUUUCUUUCCGUCCCUUCGAGUAUGAUUGCCAAAACUGGGUGGCCAAGGGCUGCAAGGGCUGGGACUUUGAGACCUUCACCCGCAUCAUUGACAAUCUGCGCAACACUAUCCAGCCGGUACACGCACGCCACCGCAAUGAGCUGUGCAAGGACUGGAUCCAAGCCUGCUCCACCGCUAUGGACAUUCCUAUCAUUGAGGACUUUAACAAGGAAAUUCGGGACACGGGUGCGUUGACCCAGGGUGUCGGCUUCUUCAACGUUUCCUACAACCCCGACGAUGGUCGCCGCAGCAGUGCCAGUGUCGCCUACAUUCACCCCAUUCUCCGUGGUGACGAGAAGCGUCCUAACUUGACCAUCCUCACCAACGCCUGGGUCAAUAAGGUGAACGUUGAGGGUGACACCGUGACUGGUGUGGAUGUGACUUUGCAGUCAGGUGUCAAGCACACUCUGCGUGCCAAGAAGGAGACCAUUUUGUCCGCCGGAGCUGUCGACACCCCUCGUCUGAUGAUGCUCUCUGGUCUCGGCCCUCGUGAGCAAUUGUCCUCUCUCGGUAUUCCCGUUGUGAAGGACUUGCCCGGUGUUGGUGAGAACCUGCUGGAUCACCCCGAAAGUAUCAUCAUGUGGGAGCUUAACCGCCCCGUCGAUCACAACAUGACCACUAUGGACUCUGACGCCGGUAUCUUCUUGCGUCGGGAACUGCCCAACUCCGCCGGCUUCGACGGCAAGAUUGCCGACGUGAUGAUGCACUGCUACCAGAUCCCGUUCACCCUCAACACUACUCGUCUUGGUUACGAGGAGCCCCUGGACGCCUUCUGCAUGACCCCCAAUAUUCCCCGUCCUCGCUCCCGCGGUCGUCUCUUCCUGACCUCCGCUGACCCCUCUGUGAAGCCUUCGCUGGACUUCCGCUACUUCACCGACCCCGAGGGCUAUGAUGCUGCCACCAUCGUGGCCGGUCUCAAGGCCGCCCGUGAAAUCGCCAAGCAGUCCCCCUUCAAGGAGUGGAUCAAGCGCGAGGUGGCGCCUGGCCCUAAGGUGCAGACUGACGAAGAGCUUUCCGAGUAUGGCCGUCGUGUUGCUCACACCGUGUACCACCCCGCUGGUACCACCAAGAUGGGUGACGUUGUCCGCGAUCCUAUGGCAGUUGUGGACCCUAAGUUGAAGAUUCGCGGCCUCAAGGGCGUCCGUAUUGCUGAUGCCGGUGUUUUCCCCGAUAUGCCCACCAUCAACCCCAUGCUGACUGUCUUGGCCAUCGGUGAGCGGGCCGCCGAGCUGAUCGCUGGCGAGGCUGGCUGGUCUCGCAACCAGCCUCGUCUGUAA